AACCGACUGAAAGAAUUUAAUCAAUGGUUUUAUUCCACACUGGAAGCAAAGCUCAGAAACAACUAAGAAACUCUUACCUUAAGUAAUUUCAAUGGCAGAAAAAAGCCAUGCCUACAACAUAGAAGCAGCAAUGGAGAAACUCAUGGGGCCUGAUAAACAAAAAUGGGCCACGAUGGAUCCAGAAGAACGUAUGGCAGCUGCUGCUAUAGCCUUUACCCAGAUCUGUGCAGGGCAGGGUGAGGGGGAUACCAUAAGAGAAGCCAGAUCAAACCAGUAUGAUCCCUAUAGUAAAGCUUCAGUGACCUUGGGCAAGGCACCCUCUCUUCCUGUGCAUCUGCGGUGCGCACAAGAAGAUCUUAUAGUUUCAGAGACUGGCUCAGACACCUCCCAGAUAGCCCAGAAGCCAGUAAUGAAGAGGAAAGUGCUUCGUAGGAAGCCAGAUGGUGAAGUAAUGGUUACAGAUGAGUCUGUUGUAAGUGAUUCAGGGUCUAGUAUAGAAAAGGACAUGGAGCUCUGGGACUUGAGGCGAAGACUAAUGAAUCUGCAGCCCUGCCAGGAAGACAAUGAGUCUGAGGCUGAAGGUAUGGAUAGUUCAGAAAAGUUGUACCCACAACAUUCAUACCAUCACAUUUCUCAGGAAGAAGAAGAAAUCAUCUGCUACCUACAAAGAGAAGCAAUGGAACCUCCAGGUUAUGAACAAGAUCUGAUUGUUUCUAACCGACCCAAGUCAUUCAUCCUCCCAAAGCUGGAUCAGCUGGGCCGAAACCGGGGAAAAAUUGACCGAGUAGCACGGUAUUUUGAGUACAAAAGAGAUUGGGAUUCAAUGAGGUUCCCAGGAGAAGAUCAAAGGAAGGACCUUCGUUGGGGUGUUCGAGAGCAGAUGAUCUGUCGGUCAGAGCCCCAACCCAAGCCUCAGCACAUAUAUGUCCCCAACAACUACUUAGUACCAACCAUGAAGAAGAGAUCUGCCUUACGUUGGGGUGUGCGCUGUGACCUAGCAAAUGGUAUCAUGCCCAGGAAGCUCCCUUCCCCUGUUUCUCCCUCUUAGUCCUUUACUGUCUAGUUUCCUACUCAAGAUAAUCUGUGACUCCCUUUCACACUUUCCAUAAAAAGAAACAACUGACUUUUAAAAAACAAAGAACAUUUUAAGGAAGGACUUCAUCCAUCUCGGGCUUUUUUCUUUCUGUUCCAAACCGUGUCAGAUGCCAAUUAACUUCCAUAUUACCAUUCACAAACCCAGCACUCUUAAGACAAAUCAUGCCAGAGAAAGAACCAAACUCGUAGUCUUUUUGUCACAUUUGAUAAUAAGCACUACUUGUAUUCUAUGCCUUUUCCCCAUUUGGCCAGGCUGAGUUGUUGUGUGAUUUUAUUAGUCAGUUGUUGCUGUGUGUGAUUUUUUAUAGCUGCUGGGAGUUAAACCUGUCUUAAUAAAGAAUGUUUUAGAAAUGUAUAAACUUGCCCAUAUCUCUACCAGGUACUUCCUAAUACAGCAAGAUCAUAAUGAACUAGAACUCCAGUUCAUAGGAUUCUGUCCCUGCCUACAUUCCCCACCAACCAGCUCCCCUUCUUCCUAAUUCUAUAACACCUGAGGGGAAGGGUAGGGAAUAAGAACAUUGCUCUCCCCAUAAUAGCUCCUGAAUAAAGGAAAUUAAGUCAGAGGUCAAAUUUCCUAUUGCUAAAGGAAAGCUGUUAAUAUAUCCAGUCAUUAAUGUGAGGCUCCUAAAAGCAGCUUUUUAUAAUGUAUAGAUGCACUAUGUUUCAUUCCAGAACUUUGAUCAAGAAUUCCUUGCAUAGAGUAGGCACUUAAUAAAUGUCUGUUGAAUUUAAUUUAUUAAAUUGAAGAAUGUAAUUUAUCAGCUUGGUCACUUCAGGAUUGAUUAAACUUAUGUAACCCUAUUGAUUCCUGUGGCCUACGGCAUAUUAUAGAACAAAUUGUACUAUAUUAAAAUUCCAGAAUACUGUUGUAUAACUUCUACUACAAAUAAAAACUGGAUUUAGGAACAAGAUUUAAAUCCGGUUCACUCUCGUGGCAUGGGGUAGAAGCAACUAAUUGGUCUCUUUGGGGGUAGAGAUGUAGGGAAAGGGCAGGGAAAGAAAAUGAGAAUCUUCAUCUAAGUAUCUGAAGCCAGAGGUGCUUUAAAUGAUCCCCUAAACCUUCAUUUUCGUUUUCUGUCUUUACCAAUGACAUUUUGCUUUCUUGAAUUGUUAUAAGGUCACAGCCUAGGCUCUGGGCUUGUUCAGUCUUUUACUAGCACUCUUUUCCCUCAUGUUUGUCCCUGCUGAUAUUGUGGCCACUUGUUUUUAUUAAUAUGGUUUGUAACUACAGGAGCUGUUCAAAGGAUGUUUUCAAAUAAAAACCUAAAAUAAUUCACAA